ACGGUCAGUGUACGGGGCUCUUUUCUAGGAGCGGCAGUAGAAAAAAAGGGUUUGCCAUGUCGUCUCUGAUCAGAAAGGUGAUCAGCACUGCGAAAGCCCCAGCUGCUAUUGGUCCCUACAGUCAAGCUGUAUUAGUCGACAGGACCAUUUACAUUUCAGGACAGCUAGGCAUGGACCCCUCAAAUGGACAGCUUGUGCCUGGAGGGGUGGCAGAAGAAGCUAAACAAGCUCUUACAAACAUGGGUGAAAUUCUGAAAGCUGCAGGCUGUGACUUCACUAGUGUGGUAAAAACAACUGUUUUGCUGGCUGACAUAAAUGACUUCAAUACAGUCAAUGAAAUCUACAAACACUAUUUCAAGAGUAGUUUUCCUGCGAGAGCUGCUUACCAGGUUGCUUCUUUGCCCAAAGGAGGCCGUGUGGAGAUUGAAGCUGUGGCCAUCCAAGGACCUCUCACAACAGCAUCACUAUAAGUGUUAUUUAUAUAACACAUAAGUAUAAUACUUAUUUCUGGAAUUUUAAUAAUGUUUUUAAGUUAACAUCUGAUCUUUACAAUUGAUGUUGAAAAGUGUAAGACUGACUAAAGUACCUGAAGCUAUUUUGGAAAUACCAUAUAUUAAGGGGAACUGAACAUGAAUUGACGAUUAGAUGAUGAAUCCAGUUACUGAUGUUAUAAAUUAAUACUUAUGUGUACUCAUAUUCCUGGAUGUGGGAAAAGAAAUGUGCAUUACAGAUUCCCAAAUAAAUAAAUGGAAACGGAAAUAACAUGUAGGAAAGAUGAGUCAGUAUUGCUGAGAAAUAAUAAAGCACACAUUUAAUUCAUUAAAUCCUAUUAAUUGAAUGACGUGAAAUAUUUAGUUCUCAUGUCAGAUAUAUGAUUCUGCUUCUACUUGAGUAAAGUUAAAGUAUUUAACUUUGAGUAGUAAAGGGAAUUAAAGGAGAAAGUGGACCAAAAUUUUAUAUAGAUAAUAUUUUUCUAAUGGAAAUAAACAUGCAGAUUU